GCCUCGAACCAGCAGAGGUGCCAUUUGAUUUCCAUUUAAAUCCGUAUAUUUUGGUUCAUUUACAAUGCUAAAAUCGAUACUGACCUUGUUGCUGCUGCACCUGGAGGAGCUGUUGCUCAGGAUCCUGGGGUACAUCAUGCGCCGCUUCCUGCGCUCGGCCAUGAUUGUCUUCAGCUGGUUCGUUGUCCCCUAUAGCCGCUACACCAACAUCAAGGUGAUACGGCGCAAGCUGCCGCCCAUCCGGAGUCACUUGCUCGAGAUUCCCGCCGUCGACCUGGCCAAGCUGAUUCGCACGAGAAAGAUUAAAAGCGAAGAAGUUGUGGAAGCGUAUAUCGAGCGAUGUCGACAGGUAAAUCCCCUGAUCAAUGCCAUUGUUCAGGAUCGCUUCGAGGAGGCUCUGGAGGAGGCACGAGAAAUAGAUAACGUGAUAGCCAUGGGCAUCAACAGUGUAGAGUCCAUGGAGGAGCACACUCCCUUAUUGGGCAUACCGGUCACUGUCAAGGAGAGCAUCGCCGUCAAGGGGAUGACCAAUCAGGCGGGCCGCGUCUUUAAGACGCCGCAAAUAGCCAAGUCGGAUGCACCGGUGGUGGAGCAAAUCAAGCGCAGCGGCGGCAUCAUCCUACUGGUGUCCAACACACCGGAGCUGUGCCUGCUCUGGGAGACGUACAACAAUGUAACGGGUCAGACAAAGAAUCCGUAUGACCUGAAGCGCACGCCCGGCGGGUCAUCCGGCGGUGAGGCGGCGCUCCUGGCCAGCGGUGCCUCGCUGCUGGGCCUCACCUCUGACAUUGGCGGCUCCUCCCGCCUGCCCGCCAUGUUUAGCGGCAUUUGGGGUCACAAGCCCACGCCGUACGCGGUCUCCUUCCGGGGCCAUCACCCGACGAGUGACUUCCCGAAGUGGGGCGACUUCUUCACCAUCGCCCCGAUGACGCGUUACGCCAAGGAUUUGCCGCUGCUGCUCAAGUGUAUGAGCGAUCCGACGGGUCCCAAGCUGACGCUGGAUAGAGCGAUCAGUGUUAAUGGCAUCCGGUUCUUUUUCAUGGACAACGACGGGCCAUCGGGUAUGAUGAGGCCACUCAGCAGAGAUCUGCAUGCGGCCAUCAAUCGGGUGGCAAGCGACUUCAACGCCAAGCGGGUGAACAUCCGCAAGAUGAAGUGGUCGCUGGACAUUUCGCUGUCCGCAAUGCUGACCAUGAAGAAUAUCGAGACCAUCUACCAUAAGACGGAGGAGGGCGAACAGCCAAAGACCGUGUGCAAGGAGACGGUCAAGUACUUCUUCGGCUGCUCGGACAGCAUCCUGCCGUCGGUGAUCUUUGGCCACCUGCAGAACUUCAUGAAGAUCAUACCGAACUCGCGCCACAAGCACCUGGCCAGCAUAAUCGAGGCGCUCAAGACUGAAUUCAAGGAGAUGCUGGGCAACGACGGCGUCUUCCUCUACCCGACCUUUCCCAACACGGCGCACCAGCACUACCAGAUCUAUCACAAGCUCCUCGAGCCCAUGUACAUGGCCAUCUUCAAUACGCUGGGCCUCCCGGUGACCAAUUGCAUGAUCGGCCUGGACAGGCGCAACCUGCCCAUGGGUAUUCAGGUGGUGGCCAAUCCCGGCCAAGAUCAUCUCUGCCUGGCAGUGGCACGUGAAAUGGAGCGACGCUACGGCGGCUGGGUGCGUCCACCAUCGGAGGAAAGUCACAGCAACAGCAGCAGCACCAGCAAUGGCAGCGGCAGCGGCAGCGGAAGCGGAAGCAGUAAGCAGCGUGGCUAGUUGAAGCUUUAUCUGGAAUGGCUUUAUCCUGUGCUUCGUCGUGAUUCUUGUGUACUUUGUUUUGUUUUUUGUAGCUAAUUUUAUGCUCGAGCAGUUAGGGAAUUUCGGUGAGACUUUGUAGCGAUUUUAGACAAAUCACUGUUAUCAACCGGACCCGGAUCCGGUUGAAUGGAAGUAAGGAAUCCCUGAAGCAACCUAUGUAUUUUAUCCCCACACACAUCACACACUGGAGCUGGAGAGUUCUCCCUGUUCGCAAUCGAAUCCUUUCGUUUCCCGUUUCCUGUUUCGCAUUCACAUUACCCACAUUGUAUUAAAUUAUUGUCGAGAACUCUGAGCUUGUGCAUCGUAUUUGUAAUCGUAUUAUCUUUACCUAUACCAUAUAUGUAAAUAUUCGUCUAGCAACUAAGUGUUAGGUUUAUGUUGUCGCGCCCGGCAAGAUCGAAAAAUAUCCAGUAUGUGUAAUGUAUCAUCUCUUACGACUCUUGCAAAAAGAACCAAAUUCGUUGAAUAAAUACAUACGUAACUGAAAAUAUUAA